CAUCUCCCUUGCUCGGCUUUUCCACAGACAAAAAAAGAAAAAAAGAAAAAGAAAAAAAAAAGAUGCAGCUGUCAUCGCCGAUAAGGCGGCGGACGCCGACGACGAUUCUCUCGCUCCUGAUGCUGCUCCCCGGCAUCAGCACGGCGGCAAAGCUCGAGUGCGACAAGAUCGCCACCGACGGCUUCACGUUCAACCUGGAGGCGCUAAAGGGUCCGCACACGGUCAUCACGAGCGUUCAGCACGGCACGCGCUUCACAAACGUCACGUACUCGCUCGACCUUUGCGGGCCGCUGAAGAAAAAGGACGACGUCAAGAAGGAGGAUGCGUGCCCGGAGGGUUCAUGGGUAUGCGCCAUCUCGCACAACAUCGACACGGCAUCCAAGACAGACUCGAUCAUCGAGAUCCGCCCCAUCGCCGGCGACGUGGACGGGGCGACGUUGGACCCGGUGGCGACGCGGCUGAGCACGUCGAGUGCCGACGGCGACAAGGACAAGGUCGGCGUGCGGCUGGUCCUGCAGGGCGGGCACUACAACGGCAGGAAGCAAAAGGCCGUCGUCGAGGUCCUCUGUGACGACAAGCUCGAAGGCACAGAGGGGGAGUGGAAGUCGGACGAGCUGGGCAUCCCCACGCCGCCAUCCGUCAAGGCCGCCGAGGACGGCAAGGAUAAAGAUGACGCCCCCCACCAGCUGAAGAAGGAUGGCGCGGCGCUUAUCUGGGAUAGCUAUGGCCCGUCUGAAGAGGAUCCGAAGAACAUGGACGUUUUGAAGCUCACGUGGAAGACGAAGCAUGCUUGCGAAAAGAGGAGCGAGGGUGGGAGUGGUGGCGGUGACAAAGGCGGCAGCGGCGGCAGGGGCGGUAGCGGUGAUGGUGACAAGGAUAAAGGAGGACAGGACGAAAGCAAGCACUGGGGUUUCUUUACCUGGAUGAUUAUUCUCGUCUUCCUCGGCGUCGCGGCAUACCUCAUCUUUGGCUCGUGGCUCAACUACAACAGGUACGGCGCGCGGGGCUGGGACCUACUCCCGCACGGCGACACGAUCCGCGACGUCCCCUACCUCAUGCAGGAUUGGAUCCGCAGGGUGGUGCAGACUUUACAGGGCGGUGGGAGCAGAGGAGGGUACAGCGCUGUGUGAAAGAAUUUUUGGGAAGAGCUCGGGAGGGAAAGCGGUCUUUUUUUUGUUGUGAAGAAAGUUGAUACAGUUCUUUGUUUCUUUUUUUUUCUUCCUCUUUUUAAUUUUUCCUCUCCUGCUCUUUUUUCUUUCUUCAAUUCCAUUUGCCCUCUCUGUCCCCUGUAGUCCUAGGUCGUGUCUUGUUACUCGAGUUCCCAUUCCAUGUUGCAUAUCCUAGAUGAGAAAGAAGAAAAACCAUUGGCA